AAAAUUAUCCGCGAAGAAAAGGAUCAGUGAAAAAAUGGUUUGCUCAUGUGCGUCGCGUUGUGAAAAGAUGGGUCCAGUAAAUACAACCCAAUGAGAAAGCAAAAGAAUUAAACAACAAUCAGCCUAACCUAAAGCUUGGUCAAGGCAUGGAAAUAAUGAAUGUGAGAGAUCCAACACGGGGCGUCUCUCAACAUGAGCAGAAGAUCCCCAAGACCUCGGAGGUCCUGGCGCCGAGCCCUCAGGGGGACAGUAUGUUGUCCUCCAUGUCCGUCAUGGAUCAUGAUGGACAGAUGGACGGACAGACAGAUGACCAGGUGACGCAAGUUUCCGGCUUAGUAAGCAAACACAAUGACACACACAUCUCCGAUGAUAUCUACGAAUCCAGAGGGUCUGAAGGUGGAUUGUCUGAAUCUAAAGAUUCUGGAUAUGGAUUAAGACUGGAAAAAAAUGAACUGGGAUCUCCUAGAGCUCCAAACAAGAAGAAACUCCUUCGGAAUUCGCAGGCAAACAUGUACCUACCAAAGAUCCCUGGUCAAAAACACUCAAAACUUGGUCAGGAGACGAAACUUAAAGCAUCCAAGAAGAUCCAGCCCCUGAAUGCACGAAGCAAGGCUCAGGAUGAAAUAGACUUGGAUGUGAAUCCUGAAUCUGUUCCCUUCCUACCUCAGAACUUCAUGUCAUCCACAGUGUUGAAGAAAAUAGCUGUUCCAAAGCGUCAUUUAGACACUUUUGGAGGAAUGGAGUACAACGUCACUGGGCGACGUGGCGUCAUUCUUCACACAGACAGAUACCAGUGGGCCUCUUUUCAACCUCUGGAUGGGAUGAGCCAGCGAGAUCGUCUGCUGGCAGAGCUGCUGUACAUGGAGAAACUCCGCGGAGUGAAGCGGAGACGAGAGGUGCUGCCUCACCGAGCCCAGCUGGACCUUGUCAUGGGCGGCAAGAAGAUUGAAAUGGAAGAGAGAUUUGACAUUGCAAGAGAGAUCCAGAAGUUGAAGUCUCUGGUCUUGCCUCAGAAUGCCAAAGACCUCUUCCAUGGACGUGGGUUUCGUCUGCCAGAGAGCCAUGGUUCUGUCAACCCGAGAGGGCAACCAUACGACAUUACUGAGGAAAUUUCGGCGUCGGCGCCAGCUUUAAUGCAGCAGCCAAUCAGGAUGAACCCAGGCUUCCUCUCUCAACGUCAAUCUUCGCAGCAAUCAAUCUUCACCUCAAGUAAAAUGAAGAAACGAGGACAGUUACCAAGCUUAAAUAGAGGCCGUGCAGUGCGAGAUGAGUCUCACCCCAGCCUCAAGUCCCGGCACAGCGUCCUCCCCUCCGUGGAAGCCAACUCCCUCAACCGCAGCCCGGCAGCAUGGGUGGCGGACCAGAACCGCAGGAUCUUGGAAGGUCAAGACAGAGUGGAAGUUACUGUGCCACAAAUAGAAGAUGACAAAUCUAGAGUUCCUGAUAGUGACAUGGAGGUUGACCACAAUGACAUGAGACCAGGAGCUGUCAGUCCUGGACCUCCACCCCCAACCACUGCAGCGCUGACGGUGACCAGCGGGCCGACGGUAGGAGGGGACAGGCACAGUGUCACCCCAGCCAAACCUACGACGCCUCACCCACUCAAGGGUGCUGAGUUGGUGGAGUCCGUGCCAGACAUGGAGAAGGACCAGCUUCGUGCCACUUUCCACCGCCUGGACACCGAUAUGGAUGGGAAUCUCAACUACAACCAGCUGAAAACACAGAUUCCAGACACACUGUCCCAGACACAGGAGCUGUUCACAAAGCAGGUGUAUGACAUCAUCCGCUCCAACAGCGACGCCUUCAAUGUUGAGGACUUUAUGAACAUGAAGCAAUUGACUCAAGCCCUGGAGAACCUAGGGGGAGAUGCCAAGAUGGCCUUUCAGGACCUGGAUACAAACAGCUUGGCAACUGCAAUACGGAAAUUUGUGGGGUUAUUCCAACAAGUUGACCGCAAUAACAGGGGUAAGAUAUCCACAGAGUCCCUGCAGGAGAUUCUGUGUACUGGACUUGAGAAGGACUUGAAGUCUGACCGCAGCCUGUGGACCAGCAUCACAAACACCAUGGGCAUCGACAGCUCAUCGCAUGUCACAAAAAUCGAGUUCCUGGCCCAUCUACCUUAUUUCUUGUCGUGGAUGCCCAAGUCUUGACCAUGCCAGUCACAUCACCAAUACAUGACAAAACUUUCUGUGAUAAGCUGAGAAUAUGGUGAUAUUCCAUAAUGUAAUCUGCUGAUAUGUGAUGAAACUCCCACACUGAGGGAGUUAUGUAGAGGCCGAUGCAUGAUCUCUCUGUAUGCUGGAUUGGAGUGAUAUACUACUGAAGUAAACGUAGAUAUGUUGCCAUGGUUUCUGUAAUGAUUGUGGAAACUGUUGCUUCGAAGCCAUGACACUGAACACACCAUCCUUGCUAAUAUUCUUCAUAUAUAGCCCAACUGGUAUGAGUCUCUAUGUAACACAGUAAUU